CAUUUGUUGUUUAAUAAUGAAGUGUGGUUUCCACCAAAUUCAUGGCGAAUGAGUUUGAGGAGAAUAAAUUACAGUAGCCUAAGCUGAGGAGAAAAGCACGCCUUGGGAAUUUGUUAGGUAACGUCGAUUCAGCGGAGAAAACAAUCAUCAACGACGACAGAAGAGCUUUCACAAUUCCAAGGAAACGAAAAAGGGCAAAAGAGAAAACAAAAGAAAAACCGGUUUCGUGUUCUGUAACUGAAACGGAAGCAGCCGCAUAUAUUAUUAUCCGUGGCAGUUCAGUUCAGGAUCGUUACAAAAGACUGAAGCGAAAAUAAGGAACUUUGUUACUUGUCAUCAUUACUCUAUAACUCUUCUCUCUCUCUCUCUCUAUAUUCAUGGGGUAAUCUAAUCUACUGUCACUCUGCACCUCCUUUCUCUUAUUCUCUCUGUUUCGUUCUCUACUACGACGUCGUUGAAUGGCACUUCCUCAGCCAGAAACAGGUGUGGGAGGUGGCGAUCUGUACAGGCAACUGUGGAAGCUAUGUGCGGGGCCUCUGGUGGAUGUUCCUCGCGAGGGAGAGAGAGUUUUAUACUUCCCGCAGGGUCACAUGGAACAAUUGCAAGCGUCCACUAAUCAGGGACUCAACCAGGAACUGAGCCAGCAAAUUCCCCAUUUCAAUCUCCCACCCAAGAUUCUCUGCCGCGUUAUUCACUGUCAGUUGUUGGCGGAACAAGAAACGGAUGAAGUUUAUGCUCGUAUCACCUUGCUCCCCGAUUCUGUUCAAGGUGAGCCGAUGGAUCGUGACCCAAUACCACCCGAGACCCAAAAACAGACGUUUCACUCUUUUAGUAAGAUAUUAACUGCUUCGGAUACUAGCACACAUGGGGGAUUUUCAGUUCUGCGGAGACAUGCUACCGAAUGUCUGCCUCAAUUGGACAUGUCCCAAACUACCCCCACCCAGGAAUUGGUAGCAAAGGAUCUUCAUGGGUUUGAGUGGAAGUUUAAGCAUAUAUUCAGAGGUCAACCGAGGAGGCACUUGCUUACAACUGGGUGGAGUACAUUUGUCACAUCCAAAAGACUGGUUGCAGGAGAUGCUUUUGUGUUUUUAAGGGGAGAGAAUGGCGAACUGAGAGUUGGUGUUAGGCGUGUGGCGCAGCCUCAGAGUUCCAUGCCUUCGUCUGUGAUAUCAAGCCAGAGCAUGCAUCUUGGAGUGCUUGCCACUGCCUCUCAUGCAGUUUUGACAAGAACCAUGUUUGUGGUUUAUUACAAACCUAGGACUAGCCAGUUUAUUAUUGGUGUAAACAAAUAUCUGGAUGGAAUCAACCGUAAUGUUUCAGUUGGCAUGCGUUUUAAGAUGAGAUUUGAGGUGGAGGACUCACCUGAGAGAAGAUUUUCUGGUACUAUUGUUGGGGUCGGAGAUGUAUCUCCAGGAUGGCCAAACUCUCGGUGGCGUUCAUUGAAGGUUCAAUGGGAUGAACCAGCAACAAUUCCAAGGCCAGAGAGGGUUUCUCCAUGGGAGAUAGAGCCUUUUGUUCCUUCCACAGCUUUGAAUGUCGCUCAACAAGUGCCGAAGAGCAAAAGGUCCAGGCCUGCUGAGGCUUCAUCUUCUGAAAUAGGUCCUAGUUCCCCUGCUCCAGCAUUCUGGUAUCAUGGACCACAACCACAUGACCCUACACCAUUAGGUGGCACUGCAGAGGUCCAAAGCAAUGAAAGCGCAGUUGUAAGGUCUUUGAGGCUGAAAGAAAUUAAUGGCAAUCCCAUGAAUGGGAAAAACAACAGCUCCAAAGUCCCUGUGGAAGGAAUGUGGCCUUCUUCCCCACAUUUGAAUGUUGUCUCUUCAAACUUUUUGGCCGACGCGAAAGCUGUUGCAGCACAAUCACCUAUCUCUGGUUAUGCUCCUGUGAAUGAUGAUUCGGCACCUGAUCCCACAGAAUGUGGUAAAAGGAGUGAGAAUCCCAUGGAUUGCUGGUUAUUUGGAGUUAAUUUGACCAACAAUUUUACUAAUCCUGCCCUGCCGGAUAAAGAACUAGGAUGUCCAACAAGUGGUCCCAAAGAUUCUGUUCCUGUUGCUCCAUGUGAAACUGAUGCUCCUCACAAUUCCAAUAAGGAGCACAAACAAAUUAUAUCUGAUGAGAGGCACACCAAACAGGCCAAUGUACCCUCCACGAGGACUCGGACCAAGGUGCAAAUGCAAGGUGUUGCUGUUGGUCGUGCUGUUGACCUUACCGUGUUAAAAGACUAUGAUGAUUUGGUUGAUGAGCUUGAGAAAGUGUUUGACAUCAAGGGAGAGCUUCGAGUGCAAACCAAAUGGGCAAUUACUUUCACCGAUGAUGAAAAUGAUACCAUGCUCGUUGGUGAUGAUCCCUGGCCGGAGUUUUGCACCAUGGUGAAGAAGAUUUUUAUUUGUGCAAAGGAAGAUGUGAAGAAGAUGAAAAACAAGCAUUGUGCUUCUUCAUCAGAGGGUGAAGAGACUCUGUUGAGCCAACAUUCACAUAAUAGGGACGAGACUCAGCAAAACUCUUGCGAUUUGACAGCGUAACUUUUUUAGUUUUUUUUUUUUUUGGUUUGGGAGGGUUUAUUUAGGGUGCUUUGGUGAUUUGGAUUUGCUUAAUUUUAUGCCAACUUUAAAAUUUAAAAUGGUAGAGUAGUAGUGGAUGUGUGAAAAUGGAUUAAUAUAAUAUCAAACUACAGGAACUUAAGUUGGAUUUUAGGUACUUAAUUUAUAUUAAUUUGUGAAUACCCUUUUUCCCCUCUCAA